CAAUUUUCUAGAAAAUGACUAUGCACGGGUUAGCAAGGAAAUCCAGAAAUCAUGGAUUUGUUGAUACCUGGUUAGAAAAUUUGGGGUACUACAGGAAGAACGUGGCCUAUGAUGAAACCUGUAUGUUUAGGACUGUUAGUGAACAAGAAAUGAUCUGCGUAAUAGUUCUCUUGAUUACUAUGGAAGUUACGAGAUGGCGCUGUGCUAUUACAGAUUUAGAGUAAUGUCCGAUAUUAGGAACCUAUGCAGUAUUAGGCUACUCUCCUCUAUUAUAUUUUUGUACAUACUGAAAUUGUAUUAGGACUACAUUUUUGGACUUCAAUGUUGUAUCCUGUAUAUUAAUAAAUACAUAAAUAAUUUUCUUAAUGACCCAGUUUAUGCCGACUUAAAGUUUACUACGGCACAGGAAUAUAAUUCUUGGAUGUGUGCGAAGAUUAUUUUAAAAACAACUGUUUAAUAGCCAAGUUUUCCAUGAAAAAGUGAGAAAAGAAUGCAUUGAAUAUGGAAGAGAGCAUUUUGAUGAAUUCAGGCAUUUGGGAAAAACUGAAUCUGAAUGGAAUGACCAUUUAAAUAAUCUAGAGUUGCAUAUGGCAGUCUGUGGGAAUUUGGAAAUUCAUCUAAUUAGUAAGAAAUACAAAAAAGAUGUUUUUGUUUGCCUUCCAAAUCAGCAAAUUCAUGAUAUUACUUGUCAGCAUUAUCCCGGGGAUCCUAUAAUGUUAUGCUUAGUGGAUGGCGACCACUAUGACGCCGUUUAUAAAAAGGAACAUAUUGUAAAUUUAGGAUUCUGUCAAUCAAUCAUAUACAAGAUCCUGUAUGAAAAUGUCUUUGAAAUCCCAAACGUAGAUCGCAUAGUGAAGGCUAUGCUUUAUGAAAAAACGCCAGUUGUCAACAUAACAGAAUUAGAAGAGAAAAGGGCCGUCGGAGGAAAAGAAUUCACUACAGAAGAAUUGGAAAAUGCUAUCGUCGCUCCCUUUCCAUUUAAAGUUGCCAAGGCUUUAGACCCUUUAAUUUAUAGGAAUAUUGAGUAUGAUUCUUGGGGAGAUGUUAGGAGAGAAUUCAGAUUGGGUGAUUGGUACUAUGGAGAUGACAAACUCAAACUUGGUACUCGUUGCAUUUUUACAGAGCCAAACACAUAUGAAAAAUUUGACUGCUACAUUCAAGAACUGCAUAAAGACAAAGAUAAAUGUGUGGUUUAUUUGACAAAAUGUGUUGAAAAAAGGGUUGUCCAUUACUCAGAAUUGUCUCCUGAAGCUAACGCUAAGCCUUGGCCGCUACCCUACAGGUUUGCAAAGAACCAAUCAUCAUCAGGAGAGAUUUUACAGAUCGCCCCUAUAGACAAAGUGCGAUCAACGCGUAAGAAAAGGAAAGAAAAUAAAGUACAAAGCAAGAGUACUAAUGAUCUCUCUAGUAUCUCAAACGACGUGCGUGUGAUGCCAUAUGUGGGAACACCUUUACUGAUAUCUAGCAAUAAUAAUACUGUAACUGAAAAGACUGAUUCGACGACAGAAACUACUGUUUCCUUACCCCAGGCUGAAGGACUUCUCACUCCUAAUACACCAGAUAUGUAUCAGUAUCCACGAUACUCGUGGGAGGCAUACCACUGGCAAACUCCUCAAUAUGUACACGACAGUCACUAUUACCAGCAUUCGCAUGAGCAAUUUGUGUGGCCACAGCCUGGGCAUUGCAGUUCAGCUUCUCCACCAUACUAUGAUUUUAAACCAAUGGUGGCGUCUGCUCCUGUCACUCCUAACGUUAUUCCAUAUCAUGAGCCACGUCCUUUCUAUUACAACUGCCAAAUGGAGCCAACUGCUUCUAAUCAACCUCCAGUGGUUACUCAGAGUGAUCAAGAAAUUAAAGACUCAGAGGCUGAGCAGGGAGUUUCAAGUUUGCCCACUCAGCAAGCUACUAGGGACCAUUUAGUGUUACCUCAAGGUGGGGCCUAUAACAGUACCACAGUAGUACCAGCUAGUCACAUGCAAAACGCAAGUUAUAUGCCACAUGUCGUACAACAGCCCAUUGAAGUUUAUAAUGGGCCUCCAGUCUCGCCGAUGAUUUAUACCCCAGUACACGUGGCUCCUCCGACCUCUCAAGAGGGAGGAGGUGUUGUACCAACAUCUCCCGUGAUUUACGCCCCUUCUGCCCCCCUGGAUGUGCAGUGGUUCCAUUCUCCUGGAUACCAUUCGCCUGGAUGCCGACCUUACAACCCAACAGGGUUUAUAUUUCCUACUCAGAAAUAAUAUUUUCAGUUCGGUAGGAUUUCUUAUUAGUUUAAUCUCAAACUGGAUCUUGUCCAGAAGGAUAUACAAUGAUUCUCUUUUCUGUUUUUCUUUUUUAUUGUUAUUGAGUAGUACGGGUAUUUUUUUAUGUUAUCUAACAAACAGAGAUUAAUUAUAGGUUUUCUUGAUGUCUUUUUUGUGAAAGAAUAGUUACGAUAACUAUUCUAGAAUUAUGUUUAAGUUACCAAACGUUUGUUAAGUUUAUAUUCUAGUAUUCUAAGUUCUUUUUCUGUUUCAUUCAAAACUUUCGUUAAGUUUCUAUACAUUAUAUUUUGUGUCGCGAAUUUUUGUUAAGUUUUCGAGUAUUUU